AUGAAUUUGCUUACUUUUUCUUCUACUAUGAUUACUGGAAGCAAGAAAACGAUCCAGAACAGAGGAAUCGGUCAGUCGUUAGGUAUUGUUGAGGGGAAGAGGUGUGACGGUGGAGGUGGUAGUGGUGGUGGAGGAAAAUAUGGAGGUGAAGGUGGUGGUGAAAGAGGUGGUGGUAAUGGUGAUGAAGGUGUAGAUGGUGGUGGGGAUGUCGGUUAUGGAGGUGGAGGUGUUGGUAGCGGUGGCGGCGUGGUGUUGCUGGUGGAUGUGGUGGUGGUGGCAAUGGCAGUGGUGGUAGUGGUGGAGGUGGUGAUAGAGUUGGAUGUGGAGGUGGAGGUGGUGGAGGUGGUGUCAUUUUAA